CGCGUACGUACGCACGUACGGCGGCGGCGGCGGCGGAGGCGGAGGGCAAGGUUGGGGGGGUUGAAUGUAAACAAGCAUCGUCAGGGCCGAUCCCGGAGCGCUCCUCGGCCCCCCGCUCUCAGACAAGGGCUUGUUGCUGCUGGAUCAGAAGCCCUCACCCCUGCCGGUCCCCGCUCCUCGCUCAGCCCGGUGAUCGCGGCCUAACCCUGGGGGCCCCCGCUCGCCGGCCCGGGAGUCAGGAAGAUAACAUCUAGUUAGGCUGUUUUCCCCAACAUGGAAUCCGAGGGGAAAGGUGGUGAAGAUGAGGAGAGCCUGCAGAUGGCAUUCAAAAAACUUAAAGUGGACUCUGAACGUGCUGCGCCUGCAUCUGUCCACAUAAACACUGAAACAGCUACUUCGAGGACAUCACUGCGAGGCAGCACUGACGGACCUAAACCCAGGACAGUGUGUUCUUCCAAAGAAAGCUGGCAUGGCUCCUCCAGAAAGCCGCCACGUGGUACUAUCAGGACACAGCGGAGAAGACGUUCCAAAUCACCAAUUCUUCAUCCUCCUAAAUUUACAUAUUGCAGUUCGAUAGCACCUGCUACCAGUUCUCAGGCAAAACACAGCAAGCAAGCAGAGCCUUACCAGGGCCUUGUCGUCCAGCCUCCCAAAGAGUGCUGCAAGGUCGGGCAGCCUGAAGCUGUGUUUGGCGCUAAAGUUCCUACUGUCUUCUCACUGGAGUCUUCGGGAGAAUCUGCUGGCGUAAAUGGCACCAAAUCAUGCACUGACCCUCGCUCCGAGCCUCCUAAGCAGGCACUGGAGUCGAGCCAGGAGUCCAAGCCCACGUCCGACUUCCAGUCUCUGUCGCAGCUUCAUCAGACCGACCCGUGCCGCUGCUUGCAGGGGAGCGAAUGCCGCUGCAAGCGGUGGCAAGACGUCGAGGUAUACUCCUUCACUGGGCUCCGCAGCGUCAUAUCAGAGUGUGAGAGGGACGCAGCCGAGGCUGGCCGGCACACGUCACCUUGCCGAAGAACUCAGCCGGGCUCUGGGGCCACGGGCUCGCCACGGUCUUGCUCUGAGGAGGCCCGGGCAUUUGUGGAAGAUAUCACCAUCGAAGACCUUUCGGGAUACAUGGAAUAUUACUUGUACAUCCCCAAAAAAAUGUCACAUAUGGCUGAAAUGAUGUACACUUAAACGAAGAAUUGCAUCCUCCAUGGCUGACUUAUUUUCCAUCUAAUGUGACUGGUGUGGAAAAAGCAAAAGUUGGAAGGAAUACUGGCUUAGAUGAAUUAUGCAAGAACUAAUUUUUGUUUUGAUUUGACUUCUAAAGUAAUUUCUUUUUCUCCCGCUUUUUUGGGCCCCUUGAGGUAGUUUGGAGCCUUCAUGAGUGUCACGUGAAAGCAUAAAGCCAUUGGUCUAAUGUGUGUGUUUAGGACACAAGCUAAAAUGUCCAAAGUUAAUUGUUUACAUAAUAAAGUCAGCAAUCAAAUUAAUCAGCAAAAUUUCUUGCAUUCGCACUACUUCAGCAGAAGAAGUUGUUUUAUUUUUUGCACACAAGGUAUGGAAGGUUUGAAAGAGACUGUAGGGUAGAUCUUUGACUGCUUGCAACUGGUGAACUGUAAUGGAAAAUAGUCUUAACAAGCCCCUGGUUGGAAUGUUAAAGCUGUGUUGCCAUGUAAUUUAAACUUAGUACUACCAAGGGAACUUUGAGUGUGACAGCCAUUUCUAACACAUUCUCUUGUGAGUAUAAACUUCAGUGCCAUUCAAGCUUUGUACUUUUCUCCUGAGUGGAGUGGGAUAUGAUGGUGCAUUGCUUUACACUCCGAGAUACACUUUGUCUUCAGUAGUGGAUCACCAGCACCGUGAACAAGAUUAAAGACCAAAAGGUAGAAACUCGUCCUAUGCCAUGAGUAGAAACACUAGUGGCCUAACAUUGUACCCUUCAUCCAAAAAAAAAAUCAGCCCUAUGGACGACAGUAGAAUUGAAUCUUGGAAGCAGACGAUAAUCUUAUUUGGCACAACCGGCUACUUUAGAAUUACUUUGUACACAGCUCUAAUUUAUUAAGAUACCAAUCCAUUUUGAAGAGACCAUUAAACUAUUAACGUUAGUCAUUAAAUAAUACAGAAACAAGCUGCAGAUGGUGGAAAUGACCAAAGGCCAAGUAGUAUUUGGAGAAAUUUCCCCCUUUGCAGAUUCGGUCUGAUUUGCUGAGCUUUUCCCGUGCAACACAUAUUCACACAAAAUGCUGGAGGAACUUAGUAGGCCAGGCAGUAUCUAUGGACAGAAAUAAACUGUCUUUUCAGGCCAAGACCUUUCAUCGUAAGUCCUGAUGAAGGGUCUUGGCCCCAAAAUGUCAACAGUUUUUUUCUCUCCGUUGAUGCUCUCUGACCUGCUGAGUUCUUCCAGUAUUUUGUGUGGGUGUGUAUGUUGCUCUGGAUUUCUAGCAUUUGUCUUUGGUUUGAAUAGUUCCAGCUCUUUUGUGCUUUAUGUAUUUUAACAACUAGUUGACCUUUGAGUUGGGACUCCACCCGUUGAUUUACUUUGGCUAGGUGCUGUAUUUGUGCCCUCCUAUGUUCUUUCUUGGAAAAGUUUCAAAUAGUUGUUUACUUCAAUAGCUCACUAAGUCCUCAGGGUAGCUGACUAAUAAAAUUCAAGUGUACAAUCCACUCUUGGUCCAUUAAGGUAAACUGUCUUAACCAGGAAGUGUAGAAAAUGGCCCUGGGUUUUUAAGUGUGUUGUGCUUGUGGGUUUUUACGGAAUUGGGAAUUCACCUACAGUUAAUUAUUGACCAGACUUGUGGAAGAGAAAUUAGAUAGUUGAACAAAACUAAUCUGAAUUAACUUAAUCUAUUUUGGAGAAAGGGAGACUUCAGGCGGUGGAAAAAAUUUUCUCCAGUCUUGUCCAAGAGCUCUUUUGGAUUACAAGUUGUGCCAUAUUUGUUGCAUUUAACUCUUUCAGAUUUCUUUACUUCAGAAGCUAACGUGCAUUGAGUAUUAAAGUUGUCGUUUUGGUAGGACUAAAGCAAAAUUAAUUUUAGAAGUUCUGAAGUAGGAUGAAUACUCUGUAUAUCUUUAUAAUGUUUACAGCCUCUUUUGCACACCAAAAAAGAAUUCAGAUCAAUUUGAAUCAGUAAAACAGAAUUUAGAAUGUGCUCUAAGAUUAAACUUCUUAAAAUUCAUUUCAAUUCAAGUUCAAUUGUCAUUCAACCAUACAUGAAUACUCAAGAAUACAGCCAAACAAAACAGCAUUACUGUGGGGUCAAGGUGCUAAAACAUAUUUCCAGCAGUCACAUACAAGAACACAUAGCUGAUGCACCUGCCUUCUUCUGUGACACCGCAGUUAGAUAUCCAGUCCUCACAUGUACAAGACAACAAACCCAUACAGAAUAUCAUCAAAAUACAAUGAUGCAGAAAAUGCAUGCACAUAGUCCAGACCUAACUUAGAAGUAAAACUACAGUUCAUUCCAAUUAGCAACAGUAGUCAGAUGUGAGCUUCUGUUUGCUAAAGUCCUUGGUUCUUGGUGCACUGGCUGCCCGACAGGUGAAGCAUUUCUCAAAAUAAAUGUGAGGCAACGCAGGUUUAAUAUUUUCUAAUUUGGUUUUGCAAAGUGGAUGUUGCUUACAAAGCCAACUUCAAGCUGCACUGAAUCAGAAAUGGAUAAUUUCUGAUUAUCCGCUGAGUAGUUUAGAGUUAGCCAUAAUAUAGCUUCUCUUAAGAUCUAAAUCAAAAACUGGCUUGUUGCUAAAAUAUUUGCAACUUUGUACAAGUCCAUCCCUUAAGUUAUAGACUGCUGGGCCUGUACAUGUAUGGCAUUGCUCUGUUCUGGUCUGGAAGCCACUAUUUAUGAGAAGUAAAACCUCAGCAUGAUGAACACUAUGAUGUUAACAAUUGUGCCAAAAUUUAUACUAAACUAAAUUCAGGAAAUAAAACAUUUUGACUGGUGGGAAAGGUGCCAUUUGACUUCAAACACAAUUGGAUAUCAGUCUGAAAUGGAAAGAGGGUUUAUUUUUAAAUAACAAUACUGCAGAUUUUGCAAUAUAUCACAGCUAAAGUGAAAUAUAGCUGUUCAAAGAUGUAUGUUACCUAAUCCUGAGAUUCAUUGCAACCCUCUCCUUCCUGUAUGUUUUCAAAUGUUAUUGCAUUAAUAAAAUAUGUUGCAGUUUGAUGCCAGUCAGUUCCAUCCCUGGGUAAUGCCAUUUGCGUAUGCAUGACUUGUUUAUUUUGGUAGAUGCCAGAAAUUGUGUUUGAACAAGAAUGCUGAAAACAACAGAUCUUGCAAAAAUGAAACUGCAGUGAUGCUCAUAACCAGUGUUAUGAACUGAUGUAUUCACUGAACCUUGCAGUAACUAUCGAUGCAUUGUGACAUCCACAUUAAAGCGUGUAAUGUUUCCUGAAUUAUGAAGUUUGCUGCUUAUUGUUAAAUGUUUGGGGAUUAUUGUGAGUUAUGUCAUUAAAUUCCUCGGCCCUCUCCAUUUCAACAUUGCAUACAAACUUGUACAUUGACGUGCAGAUUUCAAGGUAAAUUCUCAUUUCAUACAAUGGUAAAGAGGUGCUUGCUGUACAAUGAGCUGUGUAAUAUUUCUGAUGGUUCCCGUUCCAUGCCUGAGCUAGAGCCUGCAUUAGCUAUCUACGAGCUUGCCUCUAGAGGUGGCUGGAUCCUACUGCCACACCAAGCAUUGAGCAUGUAACCGCUCAACCACGAUGUGCUGAGUGGCUAUCUUGUUUAAAAUUGGUGUUGGGAAGGUUGUUGAGAUAGAUGCCAAAAUGAGUGGAGAAAUAUUAAUUCAAUCUUAUUUUUUUUAUUAAAUGCAGAUAGGAUAUUGAGGCAGGUUAAUAGUGUGAAAACCACUGACCACAUGAGAAAAUCUGCGCAACAGUAGCGUGACACUAUUAUAGCUCGGGGCAGAGUUCGGAGUUCAUUUCUGGCGUCCUCUGUAAGAAGUUUAUAUGUCCUUUCGUCCAAGUGCUCCGUUUUUCCUCCCACUGUCCAAAGACAUACUGUAGGUUAAUUGGUCAUUGUAAAUUGUCCUGUGAUUAGGCUAGGGUUAAAUAGGUGGGUUGCUAGGCAAUGUGGCUCAUUGGGUCAGAAGGGCAUGUUCCGCGCUGUGUAUCUCAAUAAAUAAAUAAGACGAUAGCUGCAUGUAUGUAUUGUACCAUUCUGAACUGUUUGACAAAUAGGAUCACAUUACAUUGCUGUAUUGUCCAGAUUUUUAGUUUUAAACGGGUAAUUGGACGUGCCAGAAUUCUACAAAGAUCGUCGGACCCUAUUUUGAAUGUUAACAGAUUCUCAUGCUAAAUCUGUGUUCACAUGCAGAGAGUAUUUUAUCCAUCAAAACCUGCAAUGUUCUUUCCAAUAAAGUCACGUGUAAAUAGGUAA